AUGAGGAUUAGAGCAGUUUCACCUUUGUGCGCUGUGGACCAGGUUAAGGAGCUUGGUCACGCAUAUAAUACCUCCACGCACUGUUAGGCUACUAAAGGGGGAAAUUGUACAGCUGUGACCGAGAUCGAACCCGGUGAUUUAGUCCUUGGGAGGACAUACUGAGUGUGUGUGUGUGUAUGUGCGUGUGUGUGUGUGUUUGUGGUGGUUAGAAACCUGCAGAUCGACGGCGGACCGACUGCUGUGCGCUCUCUCUCUCUCUCCGUCCAACCGGAGGAUCCGUCCGUCCGACGGACAAGAAUGAGCUCUUCGUCUGCUUUAGCGGCCCGUCCCUGUUAAAGAUGCUUCAGCAAAGGUCCUCUGUGAUUAUUCCUCCUCCUGUGGUUAUGGUUGCACCCAGUAAGCAGUCAGGAAUGUCUUCCUUCUCCUGCCUAUGACAUGGUUUAACUCACGAAUGAUCUGGUCACCAUGAUGGCCUCCAUGGUUGCCAAUGGAAACCAAGACGGGCAGUCUCUGGUCUUGAAAGGGGUGGAUCCAGAGACCUGCAUGAUUGUGUUCAAGAACCACUGGGCUCAGGUGGUGAAGAUCCUAGAAAAGCAUGAUCCCCUUCGCAGCAGCUCUACACUGCCCUCCCUAAGUGUCAUCAACCUCAGCGGUGGCUCUAGCGGCGGCUCUCGUUUCGGCGGCCCCAUCCCCGGAGACGAGGCGAGUGCUGUGCAGAACUAUGUGGAACACAUGCUGUUCCUGCUAAUAGAGGAGGACAGCGGUCAGGUCGGCGCCAUGGGCCCCAUCCUGGAGUUUGUGGUGAUGGAGAACGUGAUGGAGCGUCUCUUUGUGUGGAGCCUCCGUAGAGAGUUCACUGACGACAUGAAGCUGGAGCAGCUGAAGAUGUACGAGAUGCUGGUGGGCCAAGCACGCCAGCCUCUGUUGCAUCACAAGCCCAUACUGCGGCCGCUCAUGAUGCUGCUGUCAUCAUGUUCGGGCACCGCAGUGCCAGAUGUUGAAGACGAGCUGGUGCUGCUGCUCAACCAGCUGUGCUGCGUUCUGGCCAAGGACCCUUCAGUUCUGGAGCUGUUUUUUCACACUAGCGAGGACCAGGGAGCCACCAACUUCCUCAUCUUCUCCCUGCUCAUCCCCUUCAUCCACAGGGAGGGCACAGUGGGCCAGCAAGCCAGAGACGCCCUGCUGCUCAUUAUGUCGCUGUCUGCUGAGAACGAGCGAGUGGCCAAACACAUAGCAGAGAAUACCUACUUCUGUCCGGUGCUGGCCACAGGGCUGAGCGGCCUGUACUCAUCUCUCCCCACCAAACUGGAGGUUCCCAAUGAGGAGUGGCACAGCCUGCACAGAGAGGACUGGCUACAGAUGCCGUCCCUCGUCCAGUUUCUUAACUCACUGGAAUUCUGCAACGCUGUUAUUCAGGUGGCCCACCCUGAUAUCAGAGACCAGCUGGUGAGCUACAUCUACAACGGAUUCCUCGUGCCUGUUCUCGCACCAGCACUCCACAAGCUGACGCUAGAGGAAGUGAUGACCACCACAGCGUACCUCGACCUCUUCCUGAGAAGUGUCACUGAGCCAGCCCUGCUGCAGACUUUCCUCUCCUUCAUCCUCCUGCACCAACAUGAGAGCGUCCACAUCUUAGAUACUCUGGUCAGCCGCAUCAACACUCCCUUCCAGCUGGGCAUUGUGUCACUGGCACUUUUCCGCACUCUCAUUGGCUUAUACUGUGAAGACGUGAUGCUGCAGCUCGUAUUGAGGUACCUGAUCCCCUGUAAUCACAUGAUGUUGAGCCAGAGACGUGUGGUGAGGGAGAGGGACUGCUACUCGGUGUCAGCAGCCAAGAUCCUGGCAUUAACGCCGUCCUGCUGCUCUCCCGAUCACAGCCCCCCGCCCCUCCGACAGCUGGACUCCAUCCUCUUUUCAAAAGGUGCAGAGACUCCCAACAACACCAGCACCACAGAGGAAAAAGAAAGCUUCUCAGAAGAGGAUGAUGACUCGGGUAACUCCUGCACCAUCGGGUCAGAAAUCUACUUGGAUGUCAGUUAUCUCCAUUACCUCUACGAUGCCCGACUGAGCAUCAGCAGCUGCAUCCGGGCCUGCCGGGUUUGGUCAGCCCUGUACGACGGCGAGGACCCGCCUCCUGAGAAAUACCAGCCGGGCGUCCUCGAGGAGCCGGUACUGAAGAGGCCGCAAACCCAGAUAACUCUCAAGAGAGCUCCACAGCCGCUAGCACCGCGCCCUCGCCCUGCCCCGCCGCCGAAGUCAGAGCCGCCCUCCGUCAACCAGUUGGAGCUGGAGUGGGAUGAUAGUUACGAUGCAUGCCCGGUGCAGACUGCUGAGGCUCCUGUUGAGAGUAAACCUCCACAGCUGCCUUCUGCCGAGCCUCCGAAGCACAUCCAAGAGAUGAGGAGAACAGCCAUCAUGUUGGUAAAAGGCUCAUACAUUGAGGAAUCUGAGUUCCAGGACGACGUCAUGGUUUACGAUCUUGUUGCAAAGAAAGAUAGCACAGAUGUUGAGCGUGGUAAGCACAGACCCAACGGGUCAGAAUCAGAAGAACCCCAACCAGGUUCACCUGAAGCUCCCCUAAAAAACGGACUCAGUCUAACGCUUCCAACCUCUGUGAUAGCUGAUAAUGGUAAGAAUAGCUCGGACAUAAAGGCCAAAGGUCAAACAGAUUGUAAUUCCAACCUCCAAAAUACCACCACAACCGCCACUGCCGCUGCCGCUGCUGCUGCUGAGCUGGGUGAAGACCUUUUGGCUCAGUAUGAGGAGCUCAUUCGUACGUUGGACACAGAAGCAGGUGGAAAAACGGUCAAAUCUGAUGGAGAGUUGAAGAAGCCCACCACACCCGUGGAGGCGGAGGAGGAACAGGAGGAGAUGGAUUUCACCUCCUUCUCUGCUGAGACGCCAGAGCCAGAGAAAGUGCAUUCGCCAUUUGGCCCCACGCUUCGAAGCGGAAGUACAAGUAGAAACCAUUCAGUGCCUUUUACAGGGCCGUUUGUCAGUGUGCUUUUGUCUCGUCUGGAGAACAUGCUGUCCAACUCGCUUCAUGUCAACUUGUUGUUGACGGGCAUACUGGCCCAGUUGGCAGCCUUUCCUCAGCCUCUGCUGCGCUCAUUCCUCCUCAACACCAACUUGGUCUUUCAGCCGACAGUUCGCUCCUUGUACCAGGUACUAGCCACCGUGAAGAACCAGAUAGAAGAGCUGGCUGCCACCAGAAAGGACUUUCCAGAGCUGAUUACUGCCGCCCAACACUGGCUCCUGGCCAGGGAGGCGUCGUUCGGAGCAGCAGACAAAAACAGCGGUGGUGGCUCCAAGCACGGUGAUGUGGGGAGGAUGUUGAAGAGUUCCCCGCCACCGAAACCCAAAGCCAUCUCUCUGGACCGGACAGACGUGUUCGCCACCGUCCUCUUCACGGAGUUCCUCAAAGAACUGGCUGCCAUUGCACAAGAACACUCCAUCUUAUCAUACAUUCCUAUGGAAGAGUAGUCGUGUCCUGAUAGGCCUCUGUGAUGAGUCAAACUGAACUCUGAAAGAUUUUAAAACUCUGUUUUUGGAUGGUUUUCUUUUUUUUUUGUUGUUGUCUUUUUCAGGCACUACUCCAUGAAGAAACCUCUUAGAUCGAGUGAUUUAUACAACUAUUUUUAAAAUGACUAUUUAUUUUCCAAGCAAAGAUAAUCACUUUCAUGUGCUUUUUAAUUUCAUCAUUCUAGCUCUGUAUAGUGUCCGGCAGCCACGGAGGAGGUCCAAACUUUGAGCUAGAAAAUCUUGACCUGCAUGAGCAAAUAAUUUUCAUAAAAGUGAGCUCCAGGUCCACCAACCAAAGACUGUAGGGAGACGAUUUUUAACAAAUCAAAAAGAAAAACGGCUAUUUUUUAAGCAAUCAUCAGCCCUCGAUCUGAAUGUCUUCUACAACCAGCUCCAACCACAGUAUGAUGUCUGCUGCUCAGUGCGGUUCUAUAAAAAUACUCAGGUGGCCUUUCUGGAGUGUUGUUGCCUCAUUGCCGUAGGAUUACAGUACAAACUAUAGCUGAGCACAAUGUGGAGCCUCUGUUUGGCUUUGAGAGGACGAGCCUUUGAAUUAGCAGCAUGAAAAUGUAAUUUGAUUAUAACUGUUGUCAUCACAGAAAAACAUCCAAACUUAAUUAUUAUGCAACCGACUAUUUUUGGGGGGGGGGGGGGAAAACACGUUUGGUCACUUAACUCUUUAAACCUCACAAAGGGGUGUUUUCACACUAUCAUUGUGUGUUAGAUGUACAUUUCUUUUGGUGUUUUUCUGUUGAUUCAUGAUGGUACCUCAGGAGUCUUUUUAAUGCACAUUAACACAUCUGUUCUAAGUUCUUAAACAGCCUUUGGGUAAAGCAAUUUACACUACAAUGCACGAGUAUCUCACACUUAUGGGCUCCACAUGUUCUCUAUAUCCAUACAAAUUAACAGACCAGAGCACCAAAACCAGGAUUAUUGAUGCUAUAUUUAAUUUGCCUUACAUUAGUAAAGCUUUACAAUGUACAUAUUGUAAGAAAACAACUAUGCAAAUCAAGGAUAUUUUGGUUAUAAUUAAGUUUUGAAUAUUUUCAGAAUGGGAAGGGGUAUUUAAGCUUUUUUUCGAGACUUUCUAUUGCCAUAUUUUUUUUUUUUCAACAAUGUUGGAGGCUUUUUAGUUGUGACGGUUUGUCAACACUACCUUCUAUUUAGGCAUUGUGUAGGGUGUUGUUUUAGUUGUGAUAAGUCUUAAAUAUCACUGUUGGGAGAGUCGUAGUUUUGCAUUUAUUGAAAACCAUCUCAGACUGUAACUGUUACCGAGGGCAACCAGUUGUAAAUUGCCUUUAUUUGAGUCCAGGUGGUGAGCACAGUUGUUAUAAUGAGAUAAAUUCAAGAGAUGUAUUUUGUUACAAAGCAUGCCUCUUUUAAAUGAAUUUACCAGAACAGAAAGACUUUUAAAUUAGUGCCUACAUUAGGAUUUUAGUUCACAUUAUUGCCUGAUUUUAGAAUGGGUUUACACAGGUGUAAUACAGGCUUUCAUAGGUUAUGCUUACAGUUUAUAGUGAAAUAUUUCCUUUCUUACUUAAAGCUGUCCAUUGUCAAAGUGUAACGGCUGUAGGGACUGAAGAAGUGCAACAUGUAUUGUUUUGUCCUAAUAUUUCAGCCGAGUUCUGCUUUAUAUUAACUUUUAACUGUGUAGAAGACAAAAACUAGGAGUAGGAAUAAAAAAAAAAAUCACUUUCCAUUCAUAACUUGAUAGAAUGAUACAGUUAAUAUCAUGUGGACAAUUACCUGGUAGAUUUACCUUUUAAGACAAUUUGUUGCAUGGCCAUCAUUGGAUCCUAAAGAUCCAAGAUCAUCUGAGAUCAUGGACUGCUUUGAGUAUAUCUAACAAAAGGUAAAUGCACUUUUGUACAAACAGAAGUUAUCAGAAGAAAAGAAAGAUGGGAUGAAAAGGUCUCUGCAUAUCUGGCGGUGCUGUAAAAUUACACUGAAUGAUGGAUGUUGUCAUCUCAUGAGUUCAGCCAACAAGAUCACUUUAAAUCUGGUUUGUUUUUGUUCUUAUUUAAAUCCAUUUGGUUUCUAUUUGAUGCUAUGCAGACAAUUAAUUAUGCAGUAGAAUCCUUGUGUGCUCGUAUUUUUCUACAAAGAUGGCUGCAAAUAUAUUUCUAUCAAUCUAUGCCAUUUUCUGAAUUGUUGAGUAAGUUUUUCUCUCUGGCAAAAGAAUGUUGCAGAGCACUUUAUCAGCCUUUAUAUACUACAGUGCCACUCUGCACUGAGUCAUGCUGAAACAGCCCCUCAACCAGAACCGGUUCAGUCUGUGUUAACACACCAAGCACAGUAUAACAAUCACUGUUUGAGCAAAACGGGUAUUGCAAGUUGGCAAAAAGAUCACAGAGCAGUUUUUGUCUCAGUAGAUUCUUAUAUCAAAGGUUCUUUCUGACACCAUUUGGCCUCAGUUUUCUGUCCCAGAUGUAAUCAGGUCGCUGUUUGUUGCUGGUGUCUGAGACACAAAGGCAUGCCUCUUUUAAUAAAGACAACUUCUGGUAAAUGAAACUGUA